UGUUUUUCGUUUUCUCAUUUUCAAUUCUUAUCUGGUUGUUUGGUUGGCGAGAAAAUGAGGAGGAACAGGAAAGCGAGUGACACUUCGAAUUUCCGAAUCUUGCCGACUUCUUUGUUUUGAUUUCUGAAAGUUGGAAUUGAGUUUUAUUUAUUUUAUUUUUUUUGGUAAAUGAUGUAGAUGUAAAUAUUGGUCUGAAUCCACUCGUUUUAUCCUUUUUUUUUUAAAAUAGUUUUUAUUUAAUGCAUAUUCGACUAGUAUUGCUCCGGAUUUUCGCUAUCCAUUCCGAUUCUUGUUUGUCUUUAUAAAUGUUUCUGUCGACCUGUGUAUAGAUUUUCGUUGUAAGGCUCUGCUUGAUUUUUGAGAAAUGGUAGGAACGGAAAAGAAGAGACAAUAAGAGAAAGCUUGGAAUCUCAUCACUAUACUUUCAGCUUGAGCAUGUUAGCGGAUUCGAAGUUUUCUUUUUCUUUUCUUCCUCCGGAUCGAACAGAGUAUAAAGGAGAUACAGGCUCGAAGAAGCCCUAGCCCUUGGUUUUUCUUACUUUCGAGGCGCUAGUUUUCUGCCUCAAAUAAGGAAUUAUCUUGUCUGCACUAUCUCUGCAAUUUUAAAAAUUUUUUUCCCACCUAGUGCAGCAUUUGCCCAUGAAUAUGUGUCCUGCUAAUUCUCUUUCUUCUCCAUUCACUGUUUAAACCUCACAAUUUCCUUUAACAAUUUGACCAUGCCUCAUAUUCGACUAGUGUGUUGGACAAUAUCUACCAUAUUGAACCAGUAUUGGUUGUUUUUGUGUGUAACUUCAACUAUUUAACCAAAAUGAAUUUAUGUUGUUCUCAUUCCAGUUACUAUUCAAAAGCUUAGGAUAUAUGCAAAAAUGCAGGUUUGUAUAUAUACAUAUAUUGUCUGUUUGCGUCUCUGGUUAUGAUGGUAUUUAGGUUUUAAACUGAUGCCAUCGCCACUUUUUCUGAAUUUGGAUAACAAGUGCAACAGGUGCAGCAGGCUGCAAUUGAACAGCACAUGAUCAGAUUUCAUAGAGGGUCUAUGAAUAAGAAUUUUUUUUUUUUUUUCCAAAUUUCAAUUUGGUGUCAUUUUCUGAUUUUUUUGUAAUGGAUUUAUCAGUCUAAUUGAUAGUGAUUAGUUUAGGUUAUCUUUAAUUAACUUAAUAAUUCAAUGGCCCGCUCUUUUGGGCUAGUUUAGAUAAUAUAUUGUUCAUACACUGCUAUUCGCCCACAUUUCCUUGAAUUUAAACUUCAGAUUGAAAAUGCUUUUGUUUUUCUCAUGUUCUUUUGAAAUAGUUUUCUUUUUACAAAAUUGUAUUAUACUUCAUCUAAAACAUACUUCUGUUUUUCUCUUGUUGCUUUGAAGUAUUUUCUUGUUAUAAAAUUAUGUUCAUUAUUCUCAUCUCACAGUAAAUCUGUAAUGAGUGAAAACUUUAGCUUUGUAAAUGCAAUUUAUACUGUACCAGGUGAACAUUUAGUGCCCAAUAAAACAUUGCCUUGGCUUACUUAUGACUUAACUCUAAGUUACAAUAUUAAUUUAUUUUAUCAAAUAUGCUUAAUAACUUAAUUUAAAUUAUUAAGUCAGGAAGUUAAAUUAUUAAGUCAAGUUAAGUUAGUAAGUUAAUUUACCAGUUAAUAACUUAAAACUGGGCUGCCUGUUUUGCAUGCCCGCAAACUCGGGUUGCAAGCAACAUGAUAUAGACUUUCAAGAGAACAAAUUUUAAAAUGGAAAAGAGAAACACAAGGACAAAACAAAAAUUAAUAUAUAUUUGUUUACAUAGAAUUAAUAUAAUAUUUAUCUUAAUAUGACUAAAUCUUGUUUAUCUUCCUUCUUUGUACAAAACCCUUUUUUUCAUUUUUUUUCUUUAAAUAACAGCCAAUGGCCCAAUGUUUUCAUUACAUGACUGACCUGUGUCUCUGCGUGAUGGACACAUGCCUGAAUUUAAAAAAUUUACUAUAAAAUUCCAGAAGCAUUUUAGGAAUAUUAUGUUUGACAUGUGUGUCGCAGCCAAGUGUAUUUUGCUGUAUGACAGAUAAUAGCCCUGACUUCUUUGCAGAAGUUCUGGGUAUACUUAGGUUGGCAUUUUGUCUUUCUAGGUUUGGUACAAUUCUAUACUUCUAAUUAUAGAUCGGACUGGCCUUAGCCAUGAUUUUUGGCUGCAAAUCCAACCAUGAAGCUUCUAGAUUUGGUCUUGUUGGCUGGCUAUAACUUUGUAUGGUUAAGCUUGGCCAUGGUUCUGUACUAAGCUCUGAACUGGUUUUGUAGCAGUUCUUGAAUUCAUUUAGGUCCCUAAGGUUCUCCUUCCUUCUUUAUUCAAGGGCUACAUUGGUUCGCCAUCCAUCAUCUCUCAACUGGAAUCUUUAUAUUUGCUUAUCUUCAUAUGAGUGAUUAGGGUUACUUUUGCUAUAGUUAAUUGGAUGCAUUUUUGGUUUUACGAGAUCCCGUUAGUGUUACUUUGGCUAUAAAAUAACAGAAUGCAUUCAUAGUUUUACAAGAUCCUAGUAAUUAACGUUUGUUGGUCCAUGCUUCCGAAGGUUAAGUGUCUUCCUGUAGUUACGCUUAAUUUGAUAAUUGAUUUGUGAAUAGUUAUCAUUGGGAUACAUGUGCUUAUUGUUUCUGGUGUCUUUGAAUGGCAAGCCUGCAUUUGAUUAAUGUUUUUGCCUAUGAUUUUUUAACUUCAUUUUCUGUCAUGUGAUCUUUUCAGUUCUCUCCUAGUUGUUGAAAAAUGCCAGAGAUUCAAUUGGGAGCUCACACUAUAAGGUCCCAUGGACUUAAAGUAGCAAGGUCACAUAUGCAUGAUUGGCUGAUUCUCAUACUACUUGUGGUGGUUGAGGUCAUUCUGAAUGUUAUUGAACCAUUUCACCGCUUUGUUGGAAAAGAGAUGCUAACAGACCUGUCUUACCCAUUGCAAACCAAUACUAUUCCCUUUUGGAGUGUACCAUUAAUCGCAAUAUUGUUACCCAUUGUUGUGAUUCUUGUCUACUACUUCAUUAGACAGGAUGUUUAUGAUUUACACCAUGCCAUAUUGGGCCUUCUAUUUUCUGUACUGAUCACGGCAGUUAUAACUGAUGCAAUUAAAGAUGCUGUUGGCCGACCUCGUCCAGACUUCUUUUGGCGUUGUUUCCCUAAUGGGAAAGGGGUGUUUGACACUAGAACAACAGAUGUUCUGUGUACUGGAGACAAAAGUGUCAUCAAGGAAGGACAUAAAAGUUUCCCUAGUGGGCAUACUUCUUGGUCCUUUGCCGGACUCAGUUUCCUCUCAUGGUACUUGUCAGGCAAAAUCAGGGCAUUUGAUCGUAAAGGCCAUGUAGCAAAGCUCUGUAUUGUUUUCCUGCCCAUACUUCUUGCAGCUCUAGUGGGAGUUUCUCGAGUAGAUGACUAUUGGCAUCACUGGCAAGAUGUAUUUGCCGGAGGUGUAAUAGGAGCAACAGUUGCUUCAUUUUGUUACUUGCAGUUCUUUCCACCCCCUUAUGACAUAGAUGGUUGGGGACCUCAUGCAUAUUUUGAGAUGUUAGCGGAAAGCCGAAAUGGUAUUCAGUCCUCAACCACAGGUAUUAAUCAUCUCAGCAUGGGGGUAACGGAGCUUCAGAGUGUACAUGUUGAAAGUCAUCUGGGCAUGGACACAUCAGUAGUUUACACCCGAGAUACAAGCCCCAUUUUGGAUGGAUUGAACGGUGGGAGGAGGAAUUGACUAAAAGAUUUUGACAGUAAAGAAGAAAUAGAGAUAGUCAACAGGUGUUCAUAUAUUCUGUGAAAUGAGUAGAGAAAUAUGUUUUAUUUUUGCUUCAGAUAUUCAAUCCUUGAACCUACUCUUUGCAUCACUUUGAACAAACUUUAUUUCUUGAUUCAUUUGUUUGUAGUACAGUAUGAAACAACCAUUUCAUAUGCUUUUUUAUUUGUUUCUUUU